GAGAGCUCGGACCCGGAACUGUGAAGCUCGGACCCGGGAGCGUCCGCGGGGAGGGCGACGAGGAUGCCGAGCAGAACAUGCAACCUGCUCCCUCUUCCGCCGGCCUCCCGGUGGGACCCAGACAAGGAGAGCUUAGCCCCCGUGUCCGGGCAGCUCCGCGGGCGCCGUGGGGACGCUGCUCUGAGCGGCCACAGACACGGGCACGCUGUCCCCGGCCGCAGGUGGGAAAGGCAGGAAAGAAGCGAAACUUCGUGAGUCAGCGCGGCCCAGGCGGGCCCGGCCCAUCCCGUCCGUCCCGGACGCGCCGCCCACCGCGGCCGGUGCGGGCGGAGGCGGGAGGGAGGCGCGGCCGGGCGCCGGGCGGAGUCCUCGGGCGGCUCUCCCCUCUCCCGGCCGGCCGCCCGGACAGCGCGGCGGGCAGGCCGGGGCCAUGGCCGACGGGGCGGCGCGGCCGGGGGCCGAGCUGCUGGCCUUCGAGCGGUUCCGGGCGGCGAGCGCGCAGCCCCCCGCCUACGGCUACGGGCAGGGCGGGCGCGGGCUGCGGGCGCUGCGGGCGCGGGAGUUCGGGCGCCUGGCAGGAACUGUCUACCUGGACCACGCAGGAGCCACGCUGUUCCCCGAGAGCCAGCUCAGGAGCUUCACGCGCGACCUCCUGGAAAAUGUUUACGGUAACCCUCACAGCCAGAACAUCAGCAGCAGGCUCACCCAGGACACCGUGGACCAGGUGCGCUACAGGGUCCUGGCGCACUUCGGCACCUCCCCGGAGGACUACAGCGUGGUCUUCACCGCCGGCAGCACGGCCGCCCUGAAGCUGGUGGCGGAGGCCUUCCCGUGGAGCCGCGGGAGCCUGUUCUGCUACCUCACCGACAGCCACACCUCCGCGGUGGGCAUGCGGGCGGUGGCCGCGGCCCGCGGUGCCACCUGCGUCCCGGUCCGGCCGGAGGCCCUGCGGCCGCAGGAGGAACGGGGUGCUGCCCCCGCCGCCGUUGGCCCCGACGGCCAGCCGCCGCACCUCUUCUGCUACCCGGCCCAGAGCAACUUCGCCGGCACCCGGUACCCGCUGGCCUGGGCGGGCGAGGCGGCGGCGGGGCGCCUGUGCCCGGCGGGCGAGGGCGCGCCGGGGCGCUGGUUCGCGCUGCUGGACGCCGCCGCCUACGCGGGCACCUCCCCGCUGGACCUGUCGGCGCACCCGGCGGACUUCGUCGCCCUCUCCUUCUACAAGAUCCUCGGCUUCCCCACCGGCCUGGGCGCGCUGCUGGUGCACCGCCGGGCCGCCCCGCUGCUGCGGAAAACCUACUUCGGAGGCGGCACGGCGGCCGCCUACCUGGCCGGAGAGGACUUCUACGUCCCCAGGCCGUCCCUGGCAGAAAGGUUUGAGGAUGGCACCAUCCCGUUCCUCGACGUGAUAGCGCUCAAGCACGGAUUUGAUGCCCUGGAGCGCCUCACAGGCGGCAUGGAGAACGUGCAGCAGCACACCUUCACCUUGGCUCGGUACACCUACACCGCCCUGCGCGCCCUCCGGUACCCCAGCGGGGCCCCCGUGGUGCGGAUCUACUGCGACUCCGCGUUCUGCAGCCCCGAGGUGCAGGGCCCCGUCAUCAACUUCAACGUGCUCGACGCCGAGGGGCGCGUCGUCGGUUACUCCCAGGUGGAGAAGAUGGCCAGCCUCUUCAACAUCCAGCUGCGCACCGGCUGCUUCUGCAACACGGGCGCCUGCCAGCGGCACCUGGGCCUCAGCGACGACAUGGUCAAGAAGCACCUCCAGGCUGGUCACGUCUGUGGAGACGAUGUGGACCUCGUGGAUGGGCAGCCGACGGGGUCCGUGCGGAUUUCGUUUGGAUACAUGUCCACGCUGGAGGACGCCCAAGCCUUUCUCAGGUUCAUCAUCGCCACCCGGCUGCGCCCCCAGAGUAGCCAGCCUGGUCCUCGGGCCGCCCCUGGGGAGGCUGGCACCGCACCAGCAGAGACCGAGGCUCAGAGCACUGUGCCCGCCACCGUGCCCACCACUGUGCCCGCCACUGUGUCUACCACCGUGCCCGCCACUGUGUCUACCACCGUGCCCGCCACUGUGUCCGCCACCGUGCCCACCACUGUGUCCACCACUGUGCCCGCCACUGUGUCUACCACCGUGCCCGCCACUGUGUCCACCACCGUGCCCGCCACUGUGUCUACCACCGUGCCCGCCACUGUGUCCGCCACCGUGCCCACCACUGUGUCCACCACUGUGCCCGCCACUGUGCCUACCACCGUGCCCGCCACUGUGUCUACCACCGUGCCCGCCACUGUGUCUACCACCGUGCCCGCCACUGUGUCUACCACUGUGCCCACCACUGUGCCCGCCACUGUGCCCACCACUGUGCCUGCCACUGUGCCCGCCACUGUGCCUGCCACUGUGCCCACCACUGUGUCCACCACUGUGCCCACCACCGUGCCCGCCACUGUGUCCACCACUGUGUCCACCACCGUGCCCGCCACUGUGUCCACCACUGUGCCCGCCACCGUGCCCACCACCGUGCCCGCCACUGUGUCUACCACUGUGCCCGCCACUGUGCCCACCACUGUGUCUACCACUGUGCCUGCUACCGUGCCCACCACCGUGCCCGCCACUGUGUCUACCACUGUGCCCGCCACUGUGUCCACCACUGUGCCUGCUACCGUGCCCACCACCGUGCCCGCCACUGUGUCUACCACUGUGCCCGCCACUGUGCCCACCACUGUGUCUACCACUGUGCCCGCCACUGUGCCCACCACUGUGUCUACCACCGUGCCCACCACCGUGCCCGCCACUGUGUCUACCACCGUGCCCGCCACUGUGUCUACCACCGUGCCUGCCACCGUGCCCGCCACUGUGCCUGCCACUGUGUCCACCACCGUGCCCGCCACUGUGUCCACCACUGUGCCCGCCACUGUGCCUGCCACUGUGUCCACCACCGUGCCCGCCACUGUGUCUACCACUGUGCCCGCCACUGUGCCUGCCACUGUGUCCACCACUGUGUCUACCACCGUGUCCACCACUGUGCCCGCCACUGUGCCCGCCACCGUGCCCGCCACUGUGCCUGCCACUGUGUCCACCACUGUGUCUACCACCGUGUCCACCACUGUGCCCGCCACUGUGCCCGCCACUGUGCCCGCCACUGUGCCUGCCACUGUGUCCACCACCGUGACCGCCACUGUGCCCACCACUGUGCCCGCCACUGUGCCCACCACUGUGCCCACCACUGUGCCCACCACUGUGCCCACCACUGUGUCCACCACCGUGCCUGCCACCGUGUCCACCAUGCCCGCCACCGGGCACAGACCUAGUCCCUCUCCUCCGGAAGACACCCCCACAGCCUCCGGGGCCGGGAAUGCCUGGCCCCCUGCUCUGGGUGCUGUGCGUGGGCACUCACCGCUGGGGGCCACCAGGCCCCUGCAGGCCCCUCCGGAGACGGCGGCAGCAGACCCGGGUGAGGGCCUCGGGCCACAUGUCGUUACCAACCUCUUCCUCUACCCCAUCAAGUCCUGCGCUGCGUUUGAGGUGACACAGUGGCCUGUGGGACCCCGAGGGCUGCUGUACGACCGGAGCUGGAUGGUUGUGAACCACAACGGCAUUUGCCUGAGUCAGAAGCAGGAGCCGCGGCUGUGCCUGGUCCAGCCCUGCAUCGACCUGCAGCAGAAGAUCAUGGUCGUUAGAGCCAAAGGAAUGGAGCCUAUAGAGGUGCCUCUUGAGGAAACCGGUGAAUGGGCUCCGAUUUGCCAGAGCAAGGUCUGUGCGGACAGGGUAAAAACUUAUGAUUGUGGAGAAAAAAUUUCAAGCUGGUUGUCAAGGUUUCUGGGCCGCUCGUGUCACUUGAUCAAACAAAGUUCGGACUUUCAACGAAACGCGAAGAAGAGCCGCGGCAAAGGGCAGUCUGCUGGCACUCAGGCCACUCUUUCUCUGGUGAAUGAGGCCCAGUAUCUGCUGGUAAACAGAUCCAGUGUUUUGGAACUUCAGCGGCAAUUAAGUGCCAGUGAUGAGAAUGGAAGGGAGGAAUCAUUCCCGAUGAGAGAUCUCAUCUCACGUUUCCGUGCCAAUAUUAUCACCAGCGGAGCAAGUGCUUUUGAAGAAGAGAAAUGGGAGGCGAUUUCAGUGGGUUCCUUGCAUUUCCAGGUGUCGGGGCCCUGUCACAGGUGCCAGAUGAUCUGCAUCGACCAGCAAACCGGGCAACGAAACCAAGAUGUUUUCCAAAAGCUUUCGGAGAGCCGAGAAAGAAAGGUGAACUUCGGAGUGUACCUGAUGCACACGUCUUUGGAUUCUUCUUCUCCCUGUCUCCUGUCUGUGGGAUCUCAGGUGAUCCCUGUGCUGAAAGAAAAUGCAGAAUGCCACGAUUUACCUGCUCCUGAGAAACAUCAUGAUGUUGUCUCCUAAGAUUUCCCCUCCCCACCCCCAGCCCCCAGCUUAAAUUAAAAUUUCUCUUUUACAAC